AUGACCAUAACCUCCCUCCCCAACCGCCCCGACCCCAUCCAAAAACCCGCCCUCAAACCCGCCUCCGACCCAGCCCACGGCGCGGCUUUCAUCCUCGUGCACGGCUUGGGAGAUACAGCCGAAGGUUUAGAAAACGUCGCCGACCAAUUCCAAUCCGCCUCCAAACUCCCCCACCUCCACUGGAUCCUCCCCACAGCUCCCGAGUCCCGCGACGCCAUGACGACAGCCUGGUACGCUCCUUCAUCGUUCUCGCCGUUUCCCACCGAUCGGCCUGAACUCGCGCCUGCGGAGGAUGAAGAGGGGAUGAUGGAGUCGAUAGCCUAUAUCGAGUCCCUCAUCGACGCGUGUGUGCGCAAGGGAAUCCCACCGCAGAGAAUUGUGCUCGGAGGCUUCAGUCAGGGGUGUGCAUUGUCUCUACUGCUGGAUCUGACGAGUAAGAAGUAUGCCGGGAAAUUGGGAGGUGUUGUUGGAUUAAUGGGAUAUUUACCGUUGGCGGACGGGAGGCGAUUGGAGGAUUUGAGGGCGAGGGCGGAGUUACCGCCUGUACAUGGGGAGGUUCCGGUUUUCUUGGCGAGGGGACAGAGGGAUAUGUUGAUUCCGAAGAGGAUUUGGAAUGUGGCGUUGAAGAGGUUGGGUGAGUUGGGAUUGGGUGAAGGGGGGUUGGAGGUGCAUGAGUAUGAGGGUUUGGGGCAUAGUUUGAAUGGAGAGGUGCUGAGGGAUGUGUGUGGGUUUUUGGAGAGGUAUGUUCCUGCUUUGGAGGAUUGA